AUGGUUAUUGGGGCAGAGACCCAAUUCCAUGUUCUUGCUGUUGAUGACAGCAUCAUUGACAGGAAGGUCAUUGAGAGGCUCCUCAAAACCUCUUCCUAUCAAGUUACUGCAGUUGAUUCAGGAAUUAAAGCCUUGGAGUUUCUGGGUCUGAAUAUUGAAGAUGAUCAUCAUCAUGUACUGAUAAAUGAAGAUGAUGAUGAUGCAAGUGUUCCCUCUGUUUCUCCAGUUCAUCAAAAUCAAGAGAUUGAAGUGAACUUGAUCAUCACAGAUUACUGUAUGCCUGGAAUGACUGGAUUUGAUCUCCUUAGAAAGAUUAAGGAAUCUAAAACCUUCAAAGAUGUACCAGUUGUGAUCAUGUCCUCAGAGAAUGUCCCUUCAAGGAUUAACAGGUGUUUGGAAGAAGGAGCAGAAGAGUUCUUUCUGAAGCCAGUUCAAUUAUCAGAUGUGAAUAAGCUUAAACCCCAUCUGCUUAAAGGGAGAUCCAAGGAGGAAGAUGAACCAAACACCAAUAACAAGAGAAAAGGCAGUGAAGAGAUUCAAUCUCCUGAAAAAUCAAGAACAAGACACAAUAUUGACCUUGACAUGGUUUAAUUAGCAAUUUGUUUUCUUCCAUUACACAGAUCAAACAGAGAUUUUAGAUUCUUGAAGAGAGAGAGAGUGAAAAAUCCUUAUUUGUUAUGAAAUGAUUAGCUAGUGUUGGAACACUGUACAUUAUCCAAAUUAAUACAUUCUCAAUUCAAUUUUGAUCAAUUAGACUA